AUGGGCCUCGUAAGUUUGGUGGAGAUUUAUAUUGAUGUCAAGAUUAGAGGUGAGACAGGAUCAAACCAGUACAGUGCUUCAAGGGAUGAAAAACAAGUAGUGGUUAACAAAUGGUUUAACCACCCUUUUGACACACGUCCCACAACAACACUUGGCAAUGCCAGCAACCCCCAACAAUCAUUCCAAAAACCAGAUAUAAUUGAUUUUGCAAUAGACCGCAGAGUUAAACUCCCAGACUCUGAAUCUAUUGGCAUUCACAUAUUCACAGAAGAUGCUGUUGAAAAAAAUGUAACAGAAUCCCAUAGAUCUCGCUAA